AUGACGACUCUCGCAACUUCAACUGUGCAGACACAGAUGUAUGUGUCUGAGGGCGAUGCCAGACGGUAUGAGUUGACGCUGGAAGGUGACGCCAUCACUGAUGAACAGCGCGCCGCUUUCUGGAACGCAGAGAUAGAGCAGAUUCCGCUCCCACUGCCGCCAUUGUUAUAUUCCAACCGCAAUGUCUCCUCCGCGGUAGGGUGGCAUAGGGUGGUGCGAAGACUAGAUUCCUCGUUUGGUUUGAAAUUGGACAAUAUGGCUAGCAAACACCGUUUCUCGACGACGGCGUUCUAUCUAGCGGCGCUAGGGACCAUGGCUAGCAGAUUGCUCAAUAUCGAUGCUGAGUUAUGUGUCGGUGUGCAUGCCAAGGGUGUCAUGCCCGUCAGACUGCAUCCAAAGCCGGGGCAAUCAGUCCUAUCUCUCCUUGGGGAUGUGCAGCGGAGGCUGGAGAGAGUGUUGCGCCAUGGAAGGAUAGAGAGUACAGAUGUUCGCGAGCCAUUGUUUACGAUUGCAUUGGAUUGUGACUCUGGUCCUGAGGGAGACCUGUCUCAGGAUACUGUUAACGUUGAAGCAAUACCUGGGGUUGAAAUCGGUGGAGCGGUCGCCCGGUGUGUAGACGAUGGGUCGAUCGCCAUAACACUUGCCGUUGCCAAUUCCUUGUACACACAACAUGAUGCACGUUUGUUACUGAAUUGCUUGAUCCACAUCCUGCAGAAUAUGCAAAAUAAUGUUGUCCAGUCAUUGAGAGAAUGUCCCAUAUUCGACCCCAACGAGGCCUGGAACCAGCUCGACGUGGGAAAGGGCCCAUGCGUGGAGCACGUCUGGCCAUCGACCUUGAUCCAUAAGAUCGACCAGAUCGUGCACUCGCAGCCUGAUGCCAUUGCAGUCGAAGACGAUACCGGACGUAUGUGGACGUACUCAGAAGUCACACAUCGAGUCCAUUUAAUCGCCAAUUCGCUGCUUCAAGAGGGCAUCCGACGCGGGUCUACAGUCGCUGUUUUCUGCGAACCCGGAAUCGACUCGCUCUGUGCCUUACUGGCCAUCACACGGGUUGCGGGUGUCUAUGUGCCUCUGGACUUAAAUCAUCCCAUAGAGAGACUGGCUCUGAUCGUGGAUGACAGCAGACCACACGUCAUCAUCGCCCAUGCACAAACCACGGAUAAGGUCCACGGGCUUCAUUCCACCGCUACAGUCCUCGAUCUCUCAUCAUCUCAGUCCAGUGCAUCUCCCGUACCCAUCUCCUGCAGCAGUGAUGACGCCGCAUUUGUCCUCUACACAAGCGGCUCAACCGGUCGUCCGAAAGGCGUUCUCCUCAGCCACCAGAACUUCGCCGGUCAAAUCGCCUCCGUAUCACGCGAAUUCCACCUACAUCGCGAACGCGUGCUACAACAAAGCUCUCUCGGCUUCGACGUAUCUCUGUUUCAGAUCUUCGUGGCCCUCACCACCGGCGGGACCCUCAUCAUCGCCACGAACGCCAUUCGACGUGAACCCACACAUCUAGCCGAGUUAAUGCGCACAACUAAUGUCACUUUCACUCUCGGUGUGCCAUCCGAAUACGCGAUCCUUCUCCGUUACGGCAUUCACCAUCUCCAACAAUGUCUGUCUUGGCGAUACGCCGUCUGUGGCGGAGAACGCAUGACCGUCUCGUUAAAAAGGGCAUUCCGGGCCCUCGAUGCAGAGAGUGGUCCCACGCUCCUCAGUUGCUACGGUCCUACUGAGGUAUCUCUCGCUUCGUCGUACGGAGUCCUCUCGUACACUGAUAUCUCCUCCGGAGCAGAAGACGAGAAUAGUCCGGUCGGAUUCACCCUCCCCAAUUACUCCGUCUAUAUCCUCGACGAGGAUAUGCAUCCCGUCCCGACAGGCUUCCCAGGAGAGGUGUACAUCUCCGGUGUCGGUGUCGCUAUCGGCUAUCUCAAUAACGCGACACGAACCAACGAACGAUUCCUCCCUGAUCCUUUCUCCGCAACCCCAACAACCAUGUACAAAACAGGAGACAGGGGCCGUCUCCUCCCCGAUAGAUCACUGGUUUUUCUCGGCCGAAUCGAUGGCGAUUUCCAGAUCAAGUUGCGCGGGAUCAGAAUCGAACUCGACGAAGUCGCUAAUGUGAUUGUUUCCGCGUCCGCAGGGAUACUCCGUCAAGCGGCAGUGGUGGUGCGCGGCGAGGAGAAUAAGUAUCUUCUUGGGUUCGUAACGUUCUCGCAGCGUGUCGGGGAUACGGAUGCGUAUUUGGCAGGUUUGUUGGCGAGGAUUCCGCUCGCGCCGUCAAUGAGACCCGCUGCGUUGGUCGCGAUGAAUGAAUUACCGAUGAAUGUGAAUGGGAAGUUAGAUCGGAAGGCGUUGGACGCUGUGGGGGUGAAGUCUCGUCGAGGCAUUGAUACUGUGGAUAUGAAAGCCUCGGUUGAGGAUCGAUUGAAGACUGUCUGGGAGGAUGUUCUGGAAACAGAUCAGUUCGAGAUCCAUCCAGAGUCGGAUUUCUUUCAGGUGGGUGGAAACUCGCUGCUUCUGGUGAAACUGCAGGGUGCGAUUCAUCGCGAGUUUGGUGUUCGAAUCACCAUUCGUGAGCUCUUCCAGGUCAGUAUACUGCGCGAGAUGCAAGCGAGGAUCACCUCAACUGGCGAUGAGAACAACAGUAGCAUAAACUGGGACAAGGAGAUCCAGACACAUCUACUAGAUCUGCAAACGGCCAUUCCCGCACCAACCUGGGCAAGGAAAGUCUUGAAAUCAGGAUCCCAUGUCCUGUUGACCGGUGCAACUGGGUUUCUUGGCCGGUAUAUCCUAGAUCUACUAGUGAAUGACGCGACAGUGGAAACAAUUCACUGUCUUGCUGUGCGUCCACAUAACCUGGUGUACAAGAAUACCCUGUCAGGUGUUUUAUCAUCGAAGAUCCAAAUCUGGCCUGGGGAUUUAUCCCGUCCGUAUCUCGGUCUUAUGUCCUCGACAUUCGCCCGUCUCGCAGAAACAGUUGACGCCAUUAUCCACAACGGGGCGGAUGUGUCUUUCCUCAAAACGUACGGGAGUUUACGCGCCCCAAAUGUCAAAUCGGCAGUUGAAUUGGGGAGAAUGGCUCUCACGGCGGGGAUUCCUCUUCAUUAUGUCUCUUCCGCCGGGGUGAUGCGUUUGGAGCAGCCAGAUACAGACACAGACAUCUUUCCGCCUCUGGAUGGCUCAGAUGGCUACAUCGCAGGUAAAUGGGCUAGCGAGCGCAUCCUUUCCCGUGCAGAAGACCUCGGUCUCCGAGGGUUUGUUCAUCGUCCGACGACGAUGGUUGGCGAUGGUGUUCCUGACACGGAUCUAUUGGAUACCGUGAUGCGGUAUUCGAGGAAGAUGAAGGCCGUGCCGCGGUUCACCUGUGACGGGAUGAUAGAUAUGGUUUGUGUGCGUGAGGUUGCGAGAGGAAUCGUACAGUCCUUGUAUAUUCCCAGUACCAAAUAUACCCUGUAUCCAGGGGUGCAGAUACCACUUCACACCCUAGGCGCAUACCUGGACGAAGACCACCCCCUACCGAGUCUAGACAUUGAUGAAUGGGUCGAGCAAGCCAGGGCACUCGAUCUGAACGAACAAGUCGCUUCGAUUCUCCUCAGCGAAGACGGACGAAAGGGAUACGGAAUCAGUAUUCCAACUCCACCCAACUCUUAG